GAAGGAUACUUGCGUGCUCGCAAAACAAUCCAUCUCAAAUCCACUGUACCACUUGUCCAUCUCAUCCAAUUCUCCACUCAUUUUCCAUUGUUUGUCGCUUCUCGUCUCUUCAUUGUUGUUCAUUCCGACUCUCCUCUCCAUCUUGACAUUACCUUACCUCUACAACUGCUGCACAUUUGGUUACGACAAUUAUGGGUUUGCCUAUGUUCCAAGAGCCUGACGAGGUUGCCGCGGAGCAACCUGCGGCAAAACUCGAUCAGCUUGCAGCCGCAGGACGAUCGAGUAUCCGGCGCGAGUCCACCGUCCGUCCGGGUCGAUUUGCCGCUCAUCGUCGCGCUGCCAUUGAACGAGUACGAGAAGAGGUAGAAAGACGACGCCGCCGUGAAGCCGAGGAAGCAAACAACUCCUCUUCUCAAUCACAAUCUCAACGGGAGCCGCCCCGAGACACCCAGGAUCCAGAUGAGGCCACGGCGCAGUACAUUUACGCGGUCAGUGCGAGUCCUCCACCAAUUCAAGUAAGGACAGUCGAAUGGCCGCUUGCCAGAAGGGCUAGCACCGAGUCAGAAGCCCGGGGUGAUAUGGACAUGGCACCCUUGAGCCGACCGCCUGUCGCGCCCAGCGGCAGAGCACCAGACGAACUCACAACGGCUUUCAUCUUCGACUCUCUUGUGCCCGAGCCUCAGGAGGCAGAUCCUCCACGCCUUCAACGCCGGUUAAGAGAGUCCGGCCUGAGAUACGAAGUGGUUGCGGCGCCCCAGCCUGAGUCAGAACCGCUCCUGCGGCCUCGGUUUUCUGAUGCUCGCUCUACAAGAGUCGCCAGCCCGUCCGGAAGCAGAAGACCACUCUGGUCGUUCUCAGUUCAUCGGCCCAUGUUUGCCGAUACCGAGGACGAGGAAAACGACAACCGUUAUCGCGCUACUUCACAGUCUCGGAGAUUGGAGCGAAGUCCUGGAGACACAGCGACCAGCAUUCCUCCUCCUCAUCCCCCAGAAAUGCUCGAAGCUGCGUAUCCGCCUUUGCGACGUGUCAAUCAUAUCUCGCCCCGCCCUCCGAGCGAGUCGAGACCCAGGGUUGAUGGACUUGGCGACCGGUUGCGUAGUCCCAGCCCAAUAUCUGAUGGGCCUGUGGAGGAGAACUGGGGAACUCUUUUGGAUACGAUGGAAACGAGCCACUCAAGUACAGCGACUUCGUUUUUAUCGUCGCGGUCGAACUCCAGAAGUGGCUCGAACCAAUCGUCUCAGGCAACGACUACCGCAACCAGCUUUGGCGAGAUAGGCGGGGAUGAUUCGUGCGACCUGGAUCUUCCCUCUGGCAUCACUGAAGAGGAUGUCCGGGAAAUCCGCGCGCGACAUGGGAGGUUACGACGGGACCCUUCUGCUCGUCUUCGAAGACGUGAAGCGCGGAACUUGUUCGAGUUGUCGAGCCAGAACGACCCUUCGAGGAUAAACGAGAGGGUUCUUGAAUUGGAAAUGCUCGGAGUUAUUCUUGAUCGGAUGCAGAGGAGAGAAGAGAUCCCAGAUGACUUAUGGGCCGCCGUUGGUCUGUCGCCAGAUAUUGUGAGAGGGACUCCCUUUGAUCUUGCCAGGCAAUAUGCUUGAGAAAUGAUUCGAUAGAGGGGGCACGGCCAGCGACACUUUGCCGCAUCCCGGAUCAGAACAAGACAUCCCGUCGAUCCGCCAAUACGAGCAGAGCAAGGUAGUGAAGCUUGACUUCUUUGCAGAUUGGGACACGAUGACCAGGCAUCUCGUGAGGGUCGUGGGAAGAAAACAGAACGUCCUUUUAUCUGGACACGAUGUGGUGGUUAUUUUCCUCUGAUUUCAAGCCGGCGCCUUGUUAGGAUGCGAUCCGAAAAGCCAUCUUUUGUUAAUGCUGGAAGAACUCGUUGGAUGAACGGUACGGGAUUGGAAAGAGAAGGCUGAAGACCUGGAACACGAAUCAGUGGCAUUAUCAGGUUUGAGUGCCCGAGGAAGCUGACGAUUGGAUUGUGUGACUGGGACCAAAAUGGACUUGCAGGAUUAUGCCAUGGCUGGACCGGAGCAUUCUGCUUUAUUAAUCAUGUCUUUCUUAACGGGGGCUGCAUUGGUCUGCGCCUGCGACAACAGAAGAAAUGUCAAGACAGGCAUCCUCGUUUGAUUUCAGACUAUCCAGUCCCUUUUUGUGUGUAGCCCGAUGGCAGGUUCUUGCUAGGCAUGACGGAGGCAUUGUGUGCGCCACACAAACCGCGGGGAGCCGAACCAUGCAGCGCAACACUUACAACCACUUGGGAGGGACCUUCAUUCACGGCUCUUCCUAGGCGUGCUAAACUCGCUGACUCGACCUCGGUCCGCUGUGCGCAUUGUAACAAUCCAGUUCAGCUUCCGUCAACUCCUUCCUCACAUU